AAGCCGUUUAAGUGCAAGCAAUGUAACAAGGCGUUUAGCCAAGCAGGAAGUCUAAAAAGACAUGAAAGAACACACAGUGGUGAGAAGCCGUUUAAGUGCAAGCAAUGUAACAAGGCGUUUAGCCAAGCAGGAAGUCUAAAAAGACAUGAAAGAACACACAGUGGUGAGAAGCUGUUUAAGUGCAAGCAGUGUAACAAGGCUUUUAGCCAGGCAGAAAAUCUGAAAGUACAUGAAAGAAUACACUCAGGUGAGAAGCCAUUUAAGUGCAAGCAAUGUGAGAAGGCGUUUAGCCUAGCAGGAAAUCUGAAAGCACAUGAAAGAACACACAGUGGUGAGAAGCUCUUUAAGUGCAAGCAGUGUAACAAGGCUUUUAGCCAAGCAGGAAAUCUGAAAGCACAUGAAAGAAGACACUCAGGUGAGAAGCCAUUUAAGUGCAAGCAUUGUAACAAGGCCUUUAGCCAGGCAGGAGAUGUAAAAAGACAUGAAAGAACACACAGUGGUGAGAAGCCAUUUAAGUGCAAACAUUGUGACAGGGCCUUUAGCUAUGCAAAAAGUCUGAAAGUACAUGAAAGAAAACACACUGGUGAGAAGCCGUUUCAAUGCAAGCAAUGUAACACGGCCUUUAGCCAGGCAGGAAAUCUAAAAAGACAUGAAAGAAAACACACAGGUGAGAAGCCAUUUCAAUGCAAGCAAUGUAACAAGGCUUUUAGCCAGGCAGGAAGUCUGAAAACACAUGAAAGAAAACACACUGGUGAGAAGCCUUUCAAGUGCAAGCAUUGUGAGAAGGCCUUUAGUCAGGCAGGAAAUAUGAAAGAACAUGAACGAAUACACACGGGUGAAAAACCUUUCAAGUGCAGUCAGUGUAACAUGGCCUUUCGUUGGAGGCAAGUUCUUAAAGUACACGAAGAAAGACACCGUUGUUGGAUUUGUCUUAGGAUGAUUAAGACCAAGCCGCUGCUUCGUCAACAUUAUGAUGACCAUAUGAGGUUACUGGACCUAACGUCGUAAAAUUAAUAAACGUACUCAACAUUGUGUGACUUCACUUUGUUUAAUUAUUUAUUAAGAUUUCCUUUUAAAUUUAAGCUAAUCAACAAGAAGUCAAAUUAAUUUGGAUCUGGGUAAUUUUCCUGGUUGCUUAAAGGAAUUUUCCUAAUUGUUUAAAGUGUUAAUGUUCUUCCCAGUUGAUAGCAUGUUAGAAUCGACUCUCAACAGUAAAUAGGGGGUAUCAAAAAUGUAGUUGCUUGGUUUCAGUUAACGCGAAAAUUUAAGGAAAAUUUUAUUAGAAGGCUAUUGUUCAAGGUUUGUAGGAAGUGGAGUGUGAAAAAAGGUUCCACACAAAACACUAUUUGAGUGUUGUUAAAAGUGGGAAGUUUUUUCAAGCAGGAGUCGAACCAGGAUUUUUUUAAAGAAAAAUUCAAAAGUUUUGGUUGUUAUAGCGAAUCAUUUACACCGUUUACCGCCAUUACAAGUUAAUUUCUGGUAAGCGCGCGACCCUUGUAUUGUCGUAGUUUCAGUUUCUGGUUUGAUUGCUGCAUUUAGUGGUGGCAGACUCCUUGGACACUUAAGACACUUAAACUGUUUUCUGUAAAUAGACGAAAAAAGAGUUUCUUAACAUUUACAGUCUAGCCUCAGUUUUUGUGGUUUCGAUCAUUUGCAAAAAAGUUCAGUUUCCGUUUCUUGUUCGAUUGAUGCUUUUAGGGAUUGAAGACCCUCAGGAACCUGCUGUUUUGUUUUCGUUGAAAAAGGUAACAAGACAAUUCUUAUGGUGUCAAUCAUUUGCAAAAAGUUUAUUUUUGGAACCUUCUUGUUUUCGGCUCAUAUAGUUUGUGGCCGAAGCACAGCGAAGCAAAACAAACAUAAAUUGCGGAUCUGUUGUACGAGAGACUAAUGGUUUGAAGAUAUACUGCGUUGUGUGUCAGAACGUUCUCUGUCAACGAGUGGCCUUUAAAGGAAAUUUAAAAGUGUCACAAAAUGAUUGUAGCGAUGAGGCCUCACGGAAGUGAGAGUUAUUCGUUACUCGCAAAGCAGCUAUUUGCGUGGCCUUAUCCGUAUAAUAAGUUGAGUUUUUUGGCAUUCCUUAUUAACCGUUAUAGUGUUGAGGCAGUUCUAUUUAUCGGUCAUUUUCCCAGUAAUCACAUCAUUAUAGAUGAUUCUGAUCACUGAGGUCAUUACAUUAGUGGUUAAAUUUUGAGGCAGCAUUGUCGUUAAUAUAUUUUUUUUAUAUUUAGGAGCGGUGUUAGGUUUGUAACUUUGACGCUUAAAAUUUUUAUUUGUACUGUUAUCUUGUAGACGUGUCGCUUUCGUGACAAAGAAAAUCUUUUUUUUUGGUGGUUCCGUUUUGAGCCUAUGUUUAUUGUUAUGCUCAUUUUGUGCAAAAAUGGAAAAUACAGUGUUUGGUUUGAAGUAAAAUGCUCUCUAGACUAUUAUGUUUUACAUAUUAGACAGCCUAGAAAGUGUUGAUAUUUGCGCCGCGAGUGUGUAUCGGAAGUGCGUUUCAGUUGUUUUUUUUUAUCGUCAAAGGCUUGCUUAUUUUCCUGCCCCCGGUUGUCCAAACGUUUGAUUACGGCCGUCCUUUCUUCAUGACAAAUCACUACCCAGCGGAUAAAUAUUCGGGGAAAAAAUCACGUUAUGCGCUAGAGAGAUCUUUAUACAAUGGAUAGCGCUUGAACGCUAGGGCCUAAAGUGAUCAUUGAAUUCAUUAAAUUAAUCUUACAACCUUGGCCGUUGUUUUUACAGUGCUAGGAGUCUUCAGGAUAUAUAUUAGAACCCCAUCCAGUUCCUUACCCCACCCGAAAGGAGGUUUAAAUACCGAACAAAUGUUGUACUUUGCCUCGUCGUCGCAUUGGCAUUUGCCAGGAGAAACACGUGCGGAUUGUAUUUACAUCGAUCUUGCAUUACCGAUGAACUUCACAGUCGUGUCUUUCACGUUAGCUGUCAACAACCAUGGUUGCGGUUGGUUGGACUUGAAAGUCAUACCUACCAUUUGCCAGUUUCUCUAAGCUAAUACUUUUCUUUGUAAAUAUUAUAAGUUUUUAAGCUUUAAACGCCCAAACACACGAUCGCACGCGACAUCAAACAACACCCUUGCAUCCGCCGUUUUAAAUCUGCUCCUGGAAAACAAACUUAUGCUGCCUGCUCGAUUUGAGCUGGUAACGAUCUGAUUGGUGGAAAUUGCGCAAUGUUUGUUAACGAUCAACAUUCAACGGUUACUCUGUACUAAAGCUAUCUAGAGUUAAGGUUCAUUAUCUUUCAUUACCAACUUUAAUUUGUUUGUAAAUGUAAAAACAUUACCUGACUUCAGUACGUAUUUCAAGGACGUAAUCGAAUACUACUAUUGUCAAUUCAGUCCACAUCCGCUUAAUAGAGGUGUCCGCUGAAUAGGGGUUCGUCAUAAAGGGAAAUAUCAGACGUUCGCUUCGGCACCCGGCUUAGUGUCCCCUUGAUAGAGGGUGUUCGCUUAAUUGGGGGUCCGCUUAAUAGAGGUUUCACUGUACAUGAUCCCAAAAUUAAAAACAACACGAGAUAGGACACUUAUUGCAUUUAAGACAGACAGACUUAAAAGUGUGGGGAUUUCCCCGGUCGUGUAAUUACUUAAGGCGGUUUUGUUAUACUCUUCCAUUCCCUGUUUAAAAUCAUUCAGGGCGUUCAUGCGCAGGUUCAGUUCAUCAGCAACAACGUUCCAGACGCGUAUGCAUCUGAUGAUAUAGGACUUUUGAUAAGUUACUGUCUGACAUUUAGGCUCUACAAAUUUAAUAACACCACUGGAUGAAGAUCUGGUAGGCCUCGUGAUAAGAGAGGGAGAGGGGUCAAACAAUAACAGCCAAAAAAACCGACUAAAUCGGUGAAUUUACACCAAAAACACAGGAAUACAUCAAAGGUAAGACUCCUUUAUUUAUUUUAUAAAAAAAUAAGUAAGAAUAACGAUAUUUAGGGUUCGCAGACUUUAGUAUUUUAUUUCUCAUACAAAGUCCCAACGAUUGCUUGUAGCACGACACCGACUCUCUAUUGAGAAAGUAACUGUUUACAUGACAGACUCGUAACGUGAGCUUGGGACGCCCGUGGAUACUCGUGCGAGAAUGUUGAUGGCAGGAGAUCCAAAGUUUUAAGUCUAUCCAUGUAGGAAAUUGUGCAGGAAAAAGGCAAUUUGAGAAUAUAUUUAGUGGCACACCUCUAUGUCCUUUCAAUUUUUGUAAUUAGUUCGAUAGACUGAGGAGCCCAAAUUGGGGUUGCAUAGCCGAAAAUAGAUCUAACUAAAGUGAGAUAAACCGAUCGCCUAACGUCAGUGCUUCGUGUGAAUCCUGUAUUACGUCUAAUGUAAACUAACAGCUUAUUUGCGCGACACGGCUGCUCAAACACUUGUUUGCUCCAUGUGAGGUCAUAAGCGACAAGGACUCCUAAGUCACACUCGGUGACCACUGACUCUAGAACUUUCCUUUUGGCUUCAGUUUCCUGGAUAUUCUCUGAGCCUUACAUUUUGUCUCGUUAAAAGUGAGACCGGAGUCUUUUGACCAAGCGUCGAAUCGAUUCAGAUCCGACUGGAGAGACACAACAUCAGCAGCAGACUUGACCUCUUUCAAGAGAUGUUAGAGAUGUUACUCUCCUCUACCACAUCCGGAAUUUCGAAGGCUCGUUUGAUGGGAGGACCUCCUCUAGCACGGUGGUAAAUGAAUCCGGCCAGAACUGAUAUCUCCGAGAAACUUUCCAUUGUGAGAGAUUGUUUUUGUUUUACGUUAAUCUAAAUUAUUACACCGUGGACUUCUGUCUAUGCCUUAUUCACUCGAUAAAAUGCCGUCAUCGAUGAUUACAAUCAAGACUGGUCAAGCGUAUCCCCAGAAUUUCAUUAGGGAAGCGAUGAUUUGAAGAAAUGAAUGUGUUAGUCGUUGCCGCAACCAGCCUCAAAUUCAAAUCUGUUUUCCUGCAUGCGCAUAAUGAACAAUGACUUUUUCAAGAUAACUUCUCCGUAUUCGCGUUUGCGGCAUAAAAGCAGCAAUCUGGAAUCCGCAAUCUGCAACCCGGAUCCUGAACUGGAAUCCGGAGUUGGUACUUGUUCUGUGAAAUCCAUGGCACUAGCGGAAAACCCUCUGUAUUCGAUCAGACUGAAAAAUCUUUAAAUGGAUAAAAUUGCUUUAAGGACGUUUACAUCAAUUUCAAGAAAACCGACUUGGGAGAAAUUUCAUAACUACCUCGCGUGUGAUUUUACUGCUCAUUAAGUAUGCAGGACUGAGUUCAGAAAUUGAAACUGAAAUUCACAACCAAAGGCCGAUUUAAAAGCUUCCAAUAAUGAAAUUAUUAAUUCAACCUUUUGUGAAGAGGGGGUGGUUUUACGCUUGACUGUAAACUCCGCAGAUGGAAAACUAUCCUAUGAUACCGCUUCCGUUCAGAACAAUCAAUCAACGCUGUGUAGAAAGCAAUCAAUCAAUGAACGCCGCUGCGGCGUUUAUUCAAAGAUUAUGCGUGAAGCACUUGGUACAACUUAAUCUACAUCAUCCAGACAAUAACUAUUCCAUCUCAGCAAAAAAGGGACACGUUCGAACUUUAAAAAUCUUUUUGCUUUACAAAUGUUUCUAAAUAAAUUUUCGUAAUUGUUGUCAGUAAUUGUGAAAUUUUUAAAAUCCAGUAAUUUUUAAUAUCUGAUACUCUAGAAAUGUUUAUAUAAACAGUUGGGGGGUUUAAUCGAAUAAAGAUAGUGUAUAUUUUUCAAUUAAAACAAAUUGGACCAUCUUAAACGCGAUGGGAACUGGGAAUGAGGGUUUUCAGGAAGAAACAAAGGAGCAUGGGAAGACAUGCAUGGGAAACUCGCCAUCUUUGCUCAAGCGACGCUCACAGCUGAUGACAUCGAGAGGUACGUGUAUUAGUUGUAUGUUUUACGAACCGGAUAUAUAAUUGAAAUAAUAGACUUUAAGGUGGAGAAAUCGGACAUGUGAAAAAAUGUCAAGUUUGCUUUAGAAUCAAAGCUGUCUUUUGUUAUUUGUGUCAUGUUGAUGUCUUGUAACUCUUAUUAUUUAUGCACAGUCAAUUCCAGCUGCGCCCAGCCCGCCCCCUCCCCCCCGGGCAACUGCGGGGCAUUUGCCUGCCUUAUCAGUCCCGGGGGUGGGGCAUCUGAAAAUUUUGCACUGCCCGUGGGCCGGGAAUUUGCCAACUCCAGGGCCAUUCCCGAGCUUUUGACACGCACUCAGUUUCCUAUCAGAAUAUAACUGCAGGUUUUACUGGAAAAAAAGCAGAUUGGCUCAUCUGUCAAGGACGGGAAUAAAUUGAAGAGGGUUGUAAAGGCAUGUUCUCGAUUUUAUGCAUGCACUUCUUCAUUGCCUAUCAAGCAAGAAUUUAUACAUAGCGAAAACCGGAGCUAUCGAUGUGAAUCAAUGUUUUUUGGUUAUUGAAUCAAAUUUCUGUUGAUAUUAUUUGAAGAACAUCCUUUCAUAUUUAAACAACUAUUCGUAACAUAUAACAUUACAACGCUCUAUUAAUUUUAAUGUCAAUAAUUUUAUAUCAAUAGGAAAAACACAAACUGGUGCAUGUCGUCGCGGCGUGAAGUCUUCGUUAGAAUUCUAGCGCUAUUACAAAGGAAGACGUUAAUUGAAACAAAAAAUCGCACAUUAAAAUGCUAAAAACGGCAUUAUUCGACUGUGCGAUCAAUGAAAAAUGUUGCAGUGUUGACCGAGGACGGGACAUUUGCCCUCUUUUUUCGUCCCCACCCCGGGGGAUUUGACAGCUCAAGAGUCCCCACCCUCGGAAAUUUGCCAUCCAAGGCAAAAAAUGAUAAUACCUGGGGGUCAGCCCGGGGGGGAGGGGGCUGGGCGCAGCUGGAAUUGACUGAUGCAUUAUGUGGGUCGUGUCACCAUGGCUUUCUUCUUUAUAUUUCAUUUGAGGUUCUUCUUUAUAUUUCAUUUGAGGUUAUGGACUCAUCUGAUCUAAAUUCUCCAUGUACCUGGAGCAGAAGUAUUUCCGUUCUUGGUCUCUUGCUUUUGCCCUAACAUUGAUGUUUUUUGUUUGGCUGUGGGCAUUCCAUUUAUAAUUUAAUAACCAACCCACCUCCACCCACAUGGCAAUUAUGUUGAUGAGUUGUUUUGACGUUACUGUUAACACUAAGAAAAUGUGACUUUUUCCUCAAUGCACUGGAAAAAUGUAUUAAUGCACAUCCUGUUCUCCUUAUGGGUCACAAAAGCUCCCUGACAAUAAAAUAGAACUUUGAGCCUUGUUUUUGGAAUUGAGCCAAAUUAAUACCCACUUUAGUGUCUUCGAUUCAUAUUAGGGUUUUGGCGUGGGAAAGUUAUUUCGUUAUUACAGUCAUAAGAACAAUAUUUCAUGCUUUUUGCCUCAUGUAAGACGUUGUAUAAUGUCCUGAGCUGGGUUUGUGAUUAUUAGAUGGAAUGACCCUGUGUAUCAUAUGUAGCAUUUUCUGCCCAUCAUCAUAUUUUCUACCAUAUCUUGUAAACACCUUAAUAUUUUUGGUUUUCAAAGUAUCAACAUGACAUCUUGGAUAUUUUCACCAUCCAUGCUAGCAUGUAUCUUUUUGUGUUUGUUGAAACGUGCGUAGCAUCAAAUAGACUCUGUGGUCAGUUUUUAAUUAUCAGCUUUUUGCACAUUAUGUCGGCCUCGUUGAAUUGUGGUUCUUUUGGUAGGCAUGUUGGGCCAUUAUUGUUCGAGGGCACCAAAUACAGUUUUCAAAGGUUUUCGAAAUGUAAAAAAGUGUUAAGUUUUUACAGGGCUGUCACUUUAACUUCACUUUUGCUUGGUAUAUGCAUUUAAUAGGCGGGAAUUGAACAAACAGGAAGUGUUUUUUGUCUAUUUUCUUGCUCGUAUUAGCUAAGGAAAUACCCGGACCCCGGCUGUUAGUAACGUUUGAGUGCAAGCAUUGUGACAAGGCCUUUAGCGAGGCAAGAAAUUUGAAAAGACAUGAGAGAAUACACACUGGUGAGAAGCCGUUUAAGUGCAAGCAAUGUAACAAGGCCUUUAGCCAGGCAGGAAGUCUGAAAUCACAUGAAAGAAUACACACUGGUGAGAAGCCUUUUAAGUGCAAAAAAUGUAACAAGACCUUUAGCCAGGCAGGAAAUCUGAAACUCCAUGAGAGAAAACACACUGGUGAGAAGCCCAUUUAAGUGCAAGCAUUGUGACAAGGCGUUUAAUCAGGCAAGAUAUGUGAAAGAACACGAACGAAAACACACGGGUGAAAAACCUUUUAGGUGCAAGCAAUCUAACAAGGCCUUUUGUUGGAGGCAGCGUCUCAAAGGACACGAAGAAAGACACCGUUGUUGGAUUUGUCUUAGGAUGAUUACGACCAAGCCGUUGCUUCUUCAACAUUAUGAUGACCAUAUGAGGUUACCAGACCUAACGUCGUAAAUUUAAUCAACGUAUUCAACAUCGUGUGACUUAACUGUUUAGAAUGAUUUAUUAAUAUUUCCUUGUAAAUUUGAGCUAAUCAACAAAAUGUUAUAUGAAUUUGGAUCUGGGUCAUUUUUAUGGUUGCUAAAAGGAACUUUCCUAAUCGUUUAAAGUGUUACUGUUCUUCCCAGUUGAUAGCAUGUCAGAUCUCUCAACACUAAAUAGGGGGUAUCAAAUACGUAGUUUCUUUGUUUCAAUUAACGCGAAAAUUAAAGUAAGAUGUUAUUACAAGGCUAUUUUUCAAGGCUUGUAGAAAGUCUAGUGUGUAAGUAUGUUCCACACAAAACACUAUUUGAGUUUUGCUAAAAGAGGCAAGUUUGUUCAAGAAGGAGUUGAACCACGAUUUUUUUUUACGAAAAGUUCAAAAGUUAUGCUGUUUACAGCGAAUCAUUUGCACUCUUUAGGCCAUUGUAAGUUAUUUUGUGGGAAGUGCGCGCCCAGUGUAUGGUAGUAGUUUUAGUUUCGAUUCUCGUCUGAUUGACGCUUUAGUGGUGGCAGACUCCUUGGACACUUAGGUGUUUUCUUAAAAAAGAAACCGUAAAUAGACGAGGAUAGAGUUUUUUAACAUUUACAGUCAAGCAUCCAUUUGUGUGGUUCAACCAUUCCGUUUCAGUUUCUCGUUCCAUUGAUGCUUUUAGGGAUUGAAGAUCCUCAAGAACCUCCUUUUUCUUGAAAAAGGUACCAAGACGUUUGCUAUGGUGUCAAUCAUCAUUGUAACAACAUGAUUUUAGCGAUAAGGCCUCACGGAAGUGAGUUAUUUGUUACUCGCAAAGUAGCUUUUUGUGCGGCUUAUCCUUAUAAUAAGUUGAAUUUUUUGGCAUUCUUUAUCAACCGAUAUGGUGUUGAGGCAGUUCUUUUUAUUGGCCAUUUUCCCGGUAAUCACGUCAUUGUAGAUGAUUCUGAUCACUGGCGUCAUUACAUCAGUGGUUGAAUUUUGUGGCAGCAUUGUUGUUAAUAUAUUUUUUAAUAUUUAGGAGCGGUGUUUGGUUUGGAACCUUGUAGACGUGUUACUCUCAUGACAAAGAAAAAAUAUAUUACUUUGUGGUUCUGUGUUUAAGUCUCUUUCAUCUUAUGGUUAUUGUAAUAAUAAUAAUAAUAAUAAUAAUAAUAAUAAUAAUAAUAAUAAUAAUAAUAAUAAUAAUAUUUAUAGAGGGACCCCAACUCGCCAAGGCGGUUUUCAGUGGGGCCCUCAUGCAUUAAUCUAACUAAUUAGUGAUCAUUGAAUCAGGGGGGGCUGGCAACGGCCUUUGAUCUUGCCGCUUUUCUGCUUUCCAUGAUCGCCCCAGUUAAGAAAUCUGUCAAUCAUCCGAGAACUGUAGCGAGCAUGUGCGUAACGGGUUGGGAAUAACAGCAGCAAGUUCGUCUUCGCAGCGAUUUCAAAGAGUGAAGUGAAUUCGCUUUUGGUCCACCUGAUGGUCAACGCUUUCUUUGCUAUAACUAAUUUUUUUCGCGGGAAUGUGGAGCUUACGUUUUCCUCUCUGGUCUUGCGUUUGUCAUAGUGAACCCAGUGUUCCUCGAUGUCCGACCUUUUGACUAUGUGUUUCUGUUUAGAAGACCAAGACUAAAAGAAGUGCGUAUGUAGUAGAGUUUAUAUUAAUUUUCAAGUAGUUUCAAGUGAAAGGCCCAAAAUUAAUUCUUCGCGAUAUUCAAACAAGUGCGGUGGCUGUGGUUGAGUAGAAGAGUUGUCAGAGUUAUUUACGGUUUUACUACACCUUUAAGACGAGAGGAAAUGAUGAUUGAGAUUCUUAAUUUUACAUCCUUCAUUGUGAACUUAUCCUGGCAGAGUUGCGUUGGAUGAUUGAGUGGCAUGGUCAAAUUUCGUACUUCAUGUAUUUCUUUAUGUACUAGAAGCUAAAUAAAUUUUGCCAAGAGAUCAUUCUCUCUUGAUUUUGCACAUGUUGAUAUAUUUAAGUUAAUUUCGUUCUUCUUAUGAUUUAAUUUAAACUUUACCGUAGUUUCUAACAAAUGAAUCUUACGCAAAUGAAAGGGUAUAAAUUAUUUUUUGUUUGGAAUUCUCUUUUCAUGACAGCAGUUAUUACACUACCUUCAGUUUGAGUCCUCAUUCAAGUGUGUUUUGUUGCAAACAAGGAGGGAAAAAUUAUAAAUUCCAAAAACUACACUUAACCCCUUGGAACGAGAUUAUGGUUUAAAAAAGAUGAAAUUGGCUAGGUUCAGAAAAUAAAUGUUCAAGUUUGCAUGUUUUGACAAGGACCACAUCUGGCUAAAUAUGCUUCAAAGGGAAUUUUUAAAGUCAGGAAAAUGGUGACAUUUCUAUUUUUGCCUUUCCUUUGGCCACUGUGAUCAGUUUUUGUCAUACAGUUGCAUGUAACUUUUUCGCUGUGGCUAUAUGGCCGGUAACCGGUCAAGGUUUUCAAAACACUAAAUGACCGGCAGUCCGGUAUUUCCAAUAAAUUUGACUUAUCGGCUAAGAAUCCCAACCUAUCCAAACUAUCAUAUGUCGAUUAAGAAAAGUCAAGCGAUCCUGAAAUGCAUUAUAGAUCUCAAGUCUAGCAUUUGUUUUACGCUGGGCUCAGAAAACGAAACCAUGUUUUGUGACACUUGGAACUUUUUUCAGGUCGACUGCCGGUCAAGGGGUUUAAAACACUAAAUGACCGGCAGUCCUAUAUUCUCGAUAAAUUUGAUAAAUCGAAAAAAUCCAUCUAAUCUAAACUAUCAUAUGUCGAUUAAGAAAAGUCAAGCGAUCCUGGAACACUUUAUAGACCUCAAGUUUAGCGUUUGGUUUACGCUGUGCUCAGAAAACGAAAAGUCGGUCGUACCCGAGAAGAGACGGCUGGACGCGUGAGUGGCCAAUCGUGGCUGUGACGUAAAUUCAAAAUUUUAAUUUAUGCGCCGUUACCAAACAUUGGAAAUGAGAUGUGUCAUUAAAUACCGAACAAAUGUUGUACUUUGCCUCGUCGUCGCUUUGGCAUUUGCCAUGAAAAUCAGCAAAAAAAUCAACAGAAACACGUAUGGAUUGUAUUCUUUCACUUAAGCUGUCAACAACCAUAGUUCCGGUUGGUUGAACUUCAAAAACAUACCUACCAUUUGCCAGUUUCUCUAAGGUAGUACUUUUCCUUGCAAAUAUUUUAAGUUUUAAGCUCAAAACGCUCUUAAACACGGUAGCGCGCCACAUCAAACAAGAAAUUUGCAUCCUCCGUUUAAAAUAUGCUGCAGGAAAAUAAGUUUAAGCUGCCUGCUAGAUUUAAGGAGGUAACUAUCUGAUUGGUGGUAAUUGACAAUAGCAAACCCAUGCAUUCCGCUGUCUGUUCAGGGGAGGAGCGUGGGCUCAUUUCCCGAACAGCGGCUGGUAAUUGAGCUUACUCUGGUAUACGACGUACAGAAACUCCAUAUUGAUGACGUCACGCCACCCAGAUACGACUGGUCAUGAGGCGUGAGAACUUUGCUUGAACCAAUCAGAGGCACUACUUAGAUCUGGGUACUGAUCCGUUGUCUGCGGUUUUUCCUUAAACGUCUUUUGGCAGGAAAAGCAGUGGUGGCGUCACGAGAUGGCGACUGUUUUCUCAGUCUGAAAUCAGUCUGUCUACUAUGCUGGAGAGCAAGGGACGUCCUGGGACAACACAAACAAAGAGCUGACAUCAUAUAAAAUUGCAAUUUUCUUCAUUUUUGUUGUCCUAGUACAUCUUUUGUUCUCCAGUAUGGCAAUUUUGUACCACUUGAACCGCUUGCUGUAAACAGCCUGUUCAUGAGACAAAUUUCAGCUAAAAUUUGCUGUUGUGAGGCGUUUUCAAGUCGAAUGUGGCCAACCCCUCCCCUCAACCCACAAGCGACGUUAAAGGCGAUUUACGACAACCAGGAAAUUACAGGAAUCCCCAGGCCUUUUGUCCAGGAUUGUAGCUUUUCAACACCCUCCGAGCAGAGCCUCAUUGGCUGAGGAGGAGAAAAGGAAGCUCUGCCUGAAUCACGUCCGUGACCUUUGAGGUCGCCGCAGCCCGAACUUCUGGACUAAACUCUCUUGUUUUGUGUCGUCAAACUAGUUUUUUUCGAGUGUGAGCAUCCAUCUAUAUUUGAACCAAUGGUCAUAACCGAGCCGGCUGAAGCAAGCGCACGACUAAAGGCCUGGGUUAGAAACUAUAUCUUAGCAACGUGCCGCGCAUGGUCAACAAAGAUCUUCCUUGAUUCAUGCUGAAUCUUUCACAAGUACGCCAAAAUCGAACAAGCGAAAGAAAUGCUCUGCUGGCAGGAUGAUUCUCAGCAGAGGAAAGGUGAAUAAAACGAAGAUUCGACAUUAAUAUCUAUUGUUAUUUUUGGUUCAAAUCGCGGUAAUCCCUGAGUAGAUCUUCAAAGAACAGCAGAGAACUAAGCGAGCGAAAACUGUUCCUGUCGUAUAACAUUUGCACUGCAUGCCUACUGUCCCGACAUGGGGAACUAAGUUAUGGGAGGAAACAGCGACUGCCAGGACAAUAAGUAUGCAGAGUAGUGAGGGUAUGCGAGAUCAACCGCCACCAGGGGAGGUAGGAGGGGCAAAACUUUGAAGUCACUUCAACUUGCUCCGUUGAACUGGCCAAGAGGCGGGCGGAAAUCGAGCGAUUCUAACCAAGGGCAGCAAUGCAUUAUGCCACCAGCGCGCAGGCCCAACACAACGGAAAUUUAAGGAGUUACUCAUUUCCCACAUCACGGGCCAAUUGUGUAUGCAGUGAGAAUUUACUAUAUUGAGUUGCACUGGAAGUAACAAUGAACCAUCAGCGACUCUUAUUAACUCUAAGUGAUGGUAUAUGUGAUCUAUUUCAAAUUCACACAUUAUUCCUUUUACCUUAAACAGCUUGAGAAAUACUGACUUAUCAGUGAGGAUUAUAUUUGAAUUAUGGUUGUUUUGUGGCGCGGUGGUUUUUCUCCUUUCGUAUUCAAUUGUCUGAUAUUUAACCAAGGCUUUUUUUGAGGAACGAAGAAAAGCCACAAAUUCAUAGGCGUACGGGCCGGGGGGGCGAGGGGGGCUGCAGCCCCCCCAAAUGUUGGGCAACUCAGAUUUUUUGGGCAGCAAGAGAAAAUUUGGGCAAAGCCAGUUUUCAAAGACGUUUCCAUGUUUUUUUAUUAGUCUAAAGAGAGAAAUAUUUUCUAUUUUAAUCUGAAAAAAUCCUCAAGUCAGCGUAAUAAUCCAGUUACUUCAUCUCGAGACACUCACAGUGGUUUCCUAGCACGUGAUGAGUUUCUGGUUAUAGGGAAGGGUAUCAUUUGUUGAUUUACAUAUUUAUAGUUUUUUUGUUGUUGAGCACUGUACUGCACUGCACUAACUGGAAUGGGCUCUUUCCAGUCGUGAAUUGAUUAGAGUAAACUUCCGCAUAUCUUUCUAGAAUCAUCUCCGCUCGUAGAACAGUGUAUGGCAGAUAGCAUCAGCAACAGUGGGUGUGAAAAUGAAGAAGUGGCUGACUAGUACUCAGCUCGAAUUACGAGAAGAAUUAGGCGCGAAACGUCCCCAGCGGCGAAGAGCGAGGAGAAAUGGAUGUUUUCGCAGGCAAGAGAAGAAUACUAAAUUUGUUUAAAAAUCUAUCAAGCAAUAAUUUAUUAAAGUAGACCGAAAUGUUUACAAAACCGCUAACAAGAGCGCCUCGAUACAUACUCAUGAAAUCCUUGUCUCUAGCAAUCGGUCGGAGCUAUCUCGAUGAUCAUAUCCUUUACACUCGUUUUUAAAAAGAUUGAAGCUACCAUGAGGUGAAAAUGCAUGUCAAAAGAGCUUCGUUUUCUACAAAUAACGGCCAAACAUCAAGAUUUUUUUAACCAUAUUUAUAACGAUAAAAACUUCAUCCCAAAAUAUCCCAAUAACACUCCUAUAGAUUCCUUUUUAACUUCACGAACAUCGAGGCGACUAUUGGAGAAAAAAGCUCCCGUGAACAAUUUUGUAGGAACAGUUCCCAGUGCCGAGAAAUAUUGCUGGAAGUAAAAUAAACAAUGGCGUCAUUUCGUUGCUAUGACAAUUCCGACGUCAUUAAAACCCUGCUCAUGAUAAAUUUUCAUCUUUACUAGUAAUAAAACUAUGGUAGCAAUUUUUCCAAAUGUUUGUCUAUGGCGACGUAGUUAUUCUCAAAAUUGGGAGGUAUUGACCCUGAAGAACUGUCAUAGCAUCGAGCCACUUUCAUAUGCCAGUACGGCCUACAUUAUUGCAUCGUAUGGCCCUCGUUUCUUUUCUACUGUUUCGUAAAAAUUUGGGCAACUUGAGAGAAUUUUUUGGGCAAAUAGUUUACCGCCCCCCCUGGCAAAAAAUUGCCCGUACGCCUAUGCACAAAUUGAUUGUACUCGGAAAUUGCCCUCAAAUUCAAAAUAAAACAAAGAAAAACUGUACAGUAACACAUUAAUGUUUGUAUUUGCCAAAGAACUAGAGUCUAAUCUCUUCUUACGGACACCUCUCUACUACGAACAGUUCGUUUGGUCCCAGAAAUACCAAAAAUCAUACAUUCCCUACCUCUAUAAUACGGACACCUCUGUAAAGCGGACACUUGGUUCUGUUCCUUUGGUGUCCGUAUUAAAGAGGUUUGACUGUAUUACGUGUGCCAAAUGAUUGUAGUCAGAAGGUUUUACAGUAUCUUGCUGUUUGCGUAGUUCAGUAUUCAGUCUUGGCUUUGAUUUCCUCGGUACAUGUAGACAAAGUACUUGCAUGGUUGAGUUUCAGAAGGAUCCAGGCCCUCAAAGCGAGUUUCGGUAAAAAAUUGCCACAAAUUAACGAAAGAAAUUGCCCUUCCAACCAGAAGCUAGCCCAAUGGAUUUUGAGACGCACAUUUCCCUCCCAGUAUAAACGUAGCCGAUUUUGAAACGUAAAUUUCGCUCUACGAAUAUAAGCUCUUCCAAAAAUAAGCCCCUCAAAAAUGGCCUUUGAAAAAUAUAAGCCCCGGGGAUUAUUGUCGAAAUUUUACGGUAUUUUCCAAAAUUUAAAAUGCGUUUAUCGCAAAACCUAGCGUAGGUGUAAAGGGCCAACAGUAUGAAUUAUGAGAAAUAAGCCGAAAGCAGAAAAAUAUAUGAAAAGAAAUCAAACAAUGUAUUUAAACAGGUGGUUCGAUUGGGUUUCUUUAAUAUAUAGGUGUAGCCUCCAAACCUCUGUUUGAAACUAAACCAUGGAACUGCAGUACGAAAUUGAUGUAUUUUAGUUGUUUUAUUAGUUUUGCCAACGUAAUAUAUAUACAAAUACAAAUACAUAAGGGUAAUCAAACAAAAUAACAAAGAGAAAGUGGCCAGGAUUCCGCAACAGCGCGAGCCAAUUUAUUUAAAAUACAGUGAAACCUCUAUUAAGCGGACAUUUUCGGGACCUUCCCAAGUGUCCGCUUAAUAGAGGGUUAGUCCACUUAAUAGAGGUUGUAAAAAUUGCGCAAUGUUUGUUAACGAUCAACAUUCAACGGUUACUCUGUACUGUGAUAAAGUUGCAUGUUGUUAACAUUAAAGAAGAUAUCUAGAGGUAAGGUUCAUUACCUUUCAUUACCAACUUUAAUUUGUUUGUAAAUGCAAAAACAUUAGCUGACUUCAGUACGUAUUUCAAGGACAUAAUUCAAUACCACUAUUGUCAAUUCAGUCCGGUGUCCGCUUAAUAGAGGUUUUUAACAAAAGAAAUUUAUAGCCAAAUACAACUUAUUUUAGUGCCCGCGUCCGCUUUAUAGAGGUGUCCGCUGAAUAGGGGUUCGUUAUAAAGGGAAAUAUUAGACGUUCGUUUCUGGACCCGGGUUAGUAUCCGCUUAAUAGAGGGUGUCCGCUUAAUUGGGGGUCCGCUUAAUAGGGGGGGUUUCACUGUACAUGAUCACAAAAUUAAAAACAACACGAGAUAGGCUGGGCAAGACUACGACACUUAUUGCAUUUGAGACAGGCAGGCUUAAAAGUGCGGGGAUUUCUCCAGUCGUAUAAUUACUUAAGGUGGUUAUGUUAUACUCCACCAUUGCCUGUUUAAAAUCAUUCAGGGCGUUCAUGGGCAGGUUCAGCUCAUCAGCAACAACGUUCCAGACGCGUAUGCAUCUGAUGAUAUAGGACUUUUGAUAAGUUGCUGUCUGACAUUUAGGCUCUACAAAUUUAAUAACACCACUGGAUGAAGAUCUGGUAGGCCUCGUGAUAAGAGAGUGAGAGGGGUCAAACAAUAACAGCCAAAAAACAACAAAAAAUCGGUGAAUUUACCCCAAAAACACAGGAAUACAUCAAAGGUAAGUCUCCUUUAUUUAUUUUAUAGAAAAAUAAGUAAGAAUAAUGAUAUUUAGCGUUCGCAGACCUUAGUAUUUUAUUUCUCAUACGAAGUCUCAACGAUUGCUUGUAGCACGACACCGACUCUCUAUUGAGAAAGUUACUCGUAACGUGAGCUUGGGACACCAGUGGAUACUCGAAGGUUCGUUUGAUGGGAGGACUUCUUCUAGCACGGCGGUAAAUGAAUCAGACCACAACUGAUAUUACCAACAAACUUUCCAUUGUGUGAGAUUGUUUUUGUUUUACGUUAAUUUAAAUUAUUAUCCCUUGGACUUCUGUCUAUGCCGUAUUGUAUUUACUCAAUAAAAUGCCGUCAUCGAUGAUUACAAUCAAGGCUGGUCAAGCGUACCCCCAGAUUUCAUUAGUGAAGCGAUGAUUUGAAGAAAUGAAUGUGUUAGUCGUUGCCGCAGCCAGCCUCAAAUUCAAAUCUGUUUUCCUGCAUGCGCAUAAAUGAACAAUGACUUUUUCAAGAUAACUUCUCCGUAUUCGCGUUUGCGGCAUAAAAGCAGGAAUUCGGAAUCCACAAUCCGCGAUCCGCAACCCGGAUCUUUAACUGGAAUCCGGAGUUGGUACUUGUUCUGUGAAAUCGAUGGCACUGACGGAAAACCCUCUGUAUUCGAUCCUGAGAUUGAAAAAUCUUUACUUAAAAUGGAUAAAAUUGCUUUAAGGACGUUUGCAUCAAUUUCAAGAAAACGGACCUGGGAGAAAUUUCAUAACUACCUCGUGUGUGAUUUUUAUUGCUCACUAGGUAUGCAGGAGUGCAGAAAUGAAACUGAAAUUCACAACCAAAGGCCGAUUUAAAAGCUUCCAAUAAUGAAAUUAUUAAUUUAACUUUUGGUGGAGAGGGGGUGAUUUUACGCUUGACUGUAAACUCCGCAGAUGGAAAACUAUCCUAUAAUACCGCUCCCAUUCAGAGCAAGGCGGCGUUUAUUCAAACAUUAUGCGUGAAGCACUUGGGGCAACUUAACCUACAUCAUCCAGACAAUAACUAUUCCAUCUCAGCAAAAAAGCGACACAUUGGAACUUUAAAAGUCUUUCUGCUUUACAAAUGUUUCUAAAUAAUUUUUCAUAAUUGUUGUCAGUAAUUUUUGAAAUUUUUAAAAUAAUUUUUAAUAUAGGACACUCUAGAAAUGUUUACAUAAACAGUUAAGGAGGGGGGGGGGUGGUUAAUCGAAUAAAGAUGGUGUAUAUUUUUGAAUUAAAACAAAUAUUUCUGUCAGUUUGCACCAUCUUGAACGCGAUGGGAACUGGGAAUGAGGGUUUUUAAGAAGAAACAAAGGAGCAUGGGAAGACAUGGGAAAGUCGCCAUCUUUGCUCAUGCGACGUUCACAGCUGAUGAUAUUGAGAGGUACGUGUAUUAGUUGUAUGUUUUACGAUCCGUAUAUAUAAUUGAACUAAUAGACUUAAAUGUGGAGAAAUCAGACAUUUUUUGACAAGCUGUAUUACCAGCUCAAAAACAAAGGAUGAUAACAGUAAAGCGUAAGAUAGCGUUUAGGUUGCGUUGACAUCAAUUUAAUAUAAUAUUUAUUUAAACCGCACAAGAAACUGUUAGGAGUAGAAAGCAAACUUUGAAUGUAAAAAGGAAAAGUGAAAAAAUAUCAAGUUUGCUUUAGUUUCAAAGCUGUCUUAAGUUAUUUGUGUCAUGUUGAAGUUUUGUAACUCUUAUUAUUUAUGUGAGUGAUGCCACCCUGGCGUGCUUCUUUAUAUUUCAUUUUAGGUUAUGGACUCAUUACAUGUGGUUUAAAUUCUACAUGUAUCUGGAGCAGAAGUAUAUCCGUUGUUGGACUAUUGUUUUUGCCCUAACAUUGAUCUCUUUCUUGUCUUGGUUGUGGCCAUUCCAUUUAUAAUUUAAUAACCAACCCACCUCCAGCCACAUGGCAAUUACGUUGAUGAGAUGUUUUGACGUUACUGUUAACACUAAGAAAAUGUGACUUUUUCCUCAAUGCACUGGAAAAAUGUAUUAAUGCACAUGUAUAUGUGUCAUCACUCCUGAAAACUUCAACCUUCUCUUGUUCUUCUUAUGGGUCACAAAAGCUCCCCGAUAUUAAAAAUAGAACUUUGAGCCUUCUUCUUUGGAAUUGAGCCAAUUUAAUUCCCACUUUGGUGUCUUCGAUUCAUAUUAGGGUUUUGGCGUGGGAAAGUUAUUUCGCUAUUACAGCCAUAAGAGCAAUUUUUGAUGCUUUUUGCAUCAUGUAAGACAUUGUAUAAUGUCCUGAGCUGGGUUUUUGAUUAUUAUAUGGAAUGACCCUGUGUAUCAUAUGAAGCAUUUUUGCCCAUCAUCAUAUUUUCUACCAUAUCUUGUAAACACCUUAGUUUUUUUGGUUUUAAAGCUUCAACAUGACAGGUUGGAUAAUUUCACCGUCCAUGGUAGCAUGUAUCUUUUUGUGUUCGUUGAAACAUGCAUAGCUUCAAAUAGACUCUGUGGUCAGUUUUUAAUUAUCAGCUUUUUGUUGCAAACUUCACAGCUUUCUGCACAUUGUGUGAGCCUCGUUGAAUUGUGGUUCUUGUGGUAGGCAUGUUGGGACAUUAUUAUUCUAGGGCACCAAAAACAGUUUUGAAAGGUAAAAAAAAAGGUUAAGUUUUUACAGGGCUGUCACUUUAACUUCACUUUGCUUGGUAUAUGCAUACCAGGCGGGAACUGAACAAACAGGAAGUGCUUUUUGUCUAUUUUCUUACUCGUAUUAACUAAGGAAAUACCUGGUCCCCGGCUGUUAGUAACAGUGCUGCUUUUAUAGUCUGAAGAUGAAUAUAAUAUUUUUUUGUAGCUGAAAUUUCCAAAGCAUUAGUAGCAGCCUUAAUGCAUAUUUGACUAUUAUAGAAGGAAAAGGUUAAGUGUUUGCACCCACAUCCACAGGUAAGAAGGCCUUUAGCCAGGCAGGAAAUCUGGAAGUACAUGAAAUAAUACACACUGGUGAGAAGCCAUUUAAGUGCAAGCAUUGUGUCAAGACGUUUAGCCAAGCAGAAGAACUGAAAAGACACGAAAGAACACACAGUGGUGGGAAGCCUUUUAAGUGCAAGCAAUGUAACAAGGCCUUUAGCCGGGCAGGAAGUCUGAAAGCACAUGAAAGAAUGCACACUGGUGAGAAGCCAUUUAACUGCAAGCAAUGUAACAAGGCCUUUACACAGGCAGGAAAUCUAAAAGUACAUGAAAGAACACACAGUGGUAAGAAACCGUUUAUUUGCAAUCAUUGUGUCAAGGCGUUUAGCCAAGCAGGAAAUCUAAAAAGACAUGAAAGAACACACAGUGGUAAGAAACCAUUUAAUUGUAAUCAUUGUGUCAAGGCGUUUGGCCAGGCAGGAGAUCUGAAAAGACAUGAAAGAACACACAGUGGUGAGAAGCCUUUCAAGUGCAAGCAAUGUAACAAGGCCUUUAGCCAGGCAGGAAGUCUGAAAGCACAUGAAAGAAUACACACUGGUGAGAAGCCUCUCAGGUGCAAGCAGUGUAACAAGGCCUU